AUGACCAAUUCAAUCGAACUACUCCAAGCAGAAGCCGACGAAAACGACCAGAGUUACUUCCGCCUCCUGAUCAACGGUCGGAUAAAAUACAUCACCAUAGAUCCAUAUCUCUACAGUGUCGAAGACAUGUGUUUCGGCCCAUCACUGAUCUCCCUCCCCCCCCCCCCUCUACCAACUGGCGAAUGGAAUCUUGGACUGGUGGCCAAAAACGAAAAUGGCCAACCGCACUUCGCCUCUGCAACCCAGACCGCUUUUCCCAGCGUCCAGAAUGUCUGGCACGAAACCUCUGUUGAAUACACAGAGCUCGAAGUCGGGGAGAAGUUACGAACGGGUAUUUACGAAAUCAAAUGCCAUCUCUUCGACGAGCCCGUUGUGAUUAAAUUCGCCCGCCUCGACUGGGAGAUCCAAUAUCUAGAGAAUGAGACGACGGCUUACCAAUGGAUUGAGGGCUACGACAUCGGUCCACGAUUCCUGGGCCAUUUGACAGAAGAUGGUCGUGUUAUUGGAUUCAUGAUGGAACGUAUUAAGGAUGCUAGACAUGCUGGGCCGCAGGACCUGGAGGCUUGUACAGAGGUGUUGUCGAGAUUACAUGGUCUGGGGAUUCAUCAUGGAGAUACGAAUCGGUUUAACUUUCUUGUUCGUGGUUAA